AUGGUCCAGAUCCCUACAUGGAUGACAGAUCCGGGUAAGUGGGAUCCACAGACCCGUCGCGUCAGAGCCGCAUGGCAUGAGACCCUCGGGAAUGUGCCCUACGCUGGCAAGGGCCCCUACAAGGUGCCCAUUUGUGAGCUUGACGCAUGGCUCCUGCUUCGCGGGGACAAGAUCAUGGUCCCUUCCAAACCCAGCGAGAACCGUGGUGCGCGUCUUCAUCUUAAUCGAGAUAAAGUCGGCCAGCAUCAAAUGAAUCGACGGUUCGAUGCAUACUGCUACGUACGUAAGAAUCUCGACCAGCAGGACAAGCGCAACGACGAGGAUCGAACUCCUAACCCUCGUCCCAACGCCAAGACCGGGGCUCGCCGUCCCUAUCCUGCUGUUUCUGGCCUAGUGCCAGGCCGGCCUGCUCAACAGGCCAACGCUCAACCGACUCCCAACGGGAUCGGUCAAGCACUUGUUGGGCAGGACCAGGCGACACAGGAUGGUGGACUUGCCCAGCCGCCGACCGUCACGGGCCCUCCUGCCUAUGGGGUGGCACAUUACCCCAAUCCUCACCAGUAUCCCAACGUCAUGGGUGCUGGUAUCAUGCCGCAACUGUCUGCACAGCAGAUGACCGCCGAUGUCUUCCCUGAGGAGACCGCUCAUUUGCGCAUGUUGGAUCCUCAUGCCUACGGUGUGGCACAAUACCCCUAUCCUCACCAGCAUCCCACUCACAUGGGUACUGGUUUCAUGCCGCAGUGGCCUGCACAGCAGGUCAACGACAGCACCCUGCCCCUGGGAAUGGCUCAAACCCAGUGGAUGCCUGGCAUGCAUAUGGCCGACCAGUAUCCCGCCUUCACGGGUGCUGGCGAAAUGCCACAACUGCCUUCGCAGGAGGUCCAUCAUCUGCCACCCUCGCUUGGGACGGGUGAACAGCUUACCGGGUUGGAGACGGCGCCGGAGCCUUGUUGGGAGACUGACUUCAUGAACGAAGACUUCUCCACCAGUCUUCCCAACGAUGCUGCCGGUUCUGAUGGGACGCUUGUCGCCCCACAGGCCUCUCCAGACCUUGCUGUAGCGGACGCUGAGACGGCAGAGGCUGUCGCCCUCUUAGCUAAUGAGAAUGGGUAUUGGGACGAAUCGACCUUGAGGGCGGUCCAAGAGUGGAACGAGAGUUUCCCGCACCAGUAG